AUGGAAGCCAUCACGGAGAACGCUGACCAAAUACUGGCACAGAUCCGACAACAAAACCUGACGUUAAGAGAGGUGCUUCUUGCAAGUGACCAGCAAGAUGAUGAUAAGAUAGUCGAGUACACUCUCAAAUUGACUCCUCUCUUUCUGGACCUCAUGAAAGCCUUCGGCUUACAACUGGAGAGCGCGGCGAAGAUUCUCCAAGACACUCGUCAUUUGCUGAAUACACUUCAGGAGAACGGUUGGCAACAGAUUCCAAGUCAAGAAGGGAACAGCCUUCCAGACUGCCUUCUGGGAUUAAGGAAAAACAUGUUGCGUACUCUCAGACACCUUGGAGAGGCACAAGAUAAACUUUUGAAAAUGAACUACAGAAUGGAGAAAGUUCAGCUUCUCCCCUGUAUAUCUGGGAAGACUGAGCACAAAGAUGAAAAACAGACAGUCGGAGAUGCGCAAAUGUUGCCAUGUAUAAGUCAGACAGACGAUGAGCCUUCUUCAACACACGAAGAGCAAAACAGAGACCAGCUAAUGGAAGGCAAAGCAGUGGAAAUUGACACUGUAGCAUCCCUAAAUGAACAAAUAUCUGGACCCGAUCAAAAAUAUCCAUCAUUCACAGAAAAUGAAGCUGAAAGAAAACCGGAGGAAUCCAUUAUGGUGCCAAACGAAGACAACAGAAAAGUCACUCAUGCAGUGAGAUCGUCAAGUAAGAAACCUUCAGAAAGCAUAGAUUUGGAAGCCAUUCCAGGAGACAAUGAGAAAGACAUAACUGCGUGCAGAAAGUUGGAAAACAUCCCUGUGCAACCUCUCGGGAGGCUUCCCAAUCUAGAAAAACAGGGGGACAACACGGAAGCCCCAAAGCAGGGAGGAAGCGGGAAACGCAGGCGGAAAGUCAAACGAAGCAAAGAAAAAGGUGUCCACCUGAGGAAUAAAAGCAAUAAAACUGGCCAAAGCAAUCAAGAAGGUGAAUUUGUAUCUACAGGGUUAGAAUACAUUGAUCCUACCAAUGCCUCUAACCUGGUCACUGGAAAGUCGGGGGAAGAGGACGCUCAAAGUGACUGGAUGACAAAAGAAUUUCUUGUGGAAGUGAAUGGCAUUACUGAGCCGGAAGUAGCCUGUUUCAUCACAGCCCCAUGUGCCAUUCUGGAGAACCUAAUAAUCAGGACUGUCAAUGAUGUAAGUUCCUUGGUGGUAGAUGAUGCCGAAGAACUGAUCAGCAACAUCAUCAGUGUCGAGCUCUUACCAGAUGGGCAAACAGUUAUUCCUUCAAUUACCAUUGUAAUCCCAUUUAAUUCUCGUUACCGAGGAAUGUACAAAGAAAUUAUGGUGAAGUUGACUGACAUGAACUUUCAGUCAAAUUAUUUAACUCCAUCUUCUUUGGAAGGGCACCAAGGAAACCACAAGGGGACGUUUGCUGAGAUCAAGACGACCCAGCUUGGUACCUUUUCUGUAGUUUCAUGCUUAAAGCUGGAAACACUCACCAUUCCACGAGAAGGCCUGUCACAAAAACUAAGCAUGGAUCCCAGAAUUUCAUUUGACUUCCCCCCAUCAACUUUCAGUUCUUGCAUUACAAUGCACGUAAAGGUCCAACCCAUCGAGCCAUCGAUAAUUUCACUAUUAAAAAUUCAGCAAGACAUCUAUCAUUCGGUCGCAUCUGCAAGCCCGCUGGUACAUCUGCUGCAUCCAUCUGCUCAGCCGUUCAACAAAUCCAUCAUGGUUAUUUUACCCUGUCCGCCAAAUCCAGAGAAAAAGAGGGAAGGAGAUGAGGCAGACCAUGGCAGAGCGUCUAGCGCUUCUCUGCACCGGGUUACAAGCGUGCAUCAUUUUCGGCCUAUGAGUGCCGCCCCAAGGAAACAUGGGGAGCAUCUCAACGAAUCCUUGAAAUUACUGGGGUACAGAAGCAAAGAAGAGGGAUGGAUGCUGAUGGAUGACAUCACUGUGCGGAAUGCACGGAGCGGCCUUGUGUCAUUCGAACUGAAUGAGCACUUAGAAAGAUUUAUUGUCAUCCGCCAAUCCUGUGCUAUGGAUCAUGCCCAUCUGACACAGUUUGCUCAGCAUUUGGAGGAGGACACCCGCAAUACUAUGGCAAACGUGGUCUUAUAUCAGAACAAAGAAGAUCCUUACAAGGUGGUUGUUUUACUGGUCCCGUCCAAGGAACUGAACUUGGAGCUGCAGAACCUCAGGGAAGAAGGAUAUUCAGGGCCUCCUGAGCCCUCUCAGCAGUUCAGACUCCAAGAGGGAGAACAGGUUCACUUUCAGUUCAGUGGAAACAUUUUUGCCUCAGAUGAUGGGGCGACAUUUGGAAAAACCUACACUCUUAUUUUUCAUGCUCAAAGAAAGCCGAGGCUUAUCCUUCAAAUCAAGGAAGUGGAUGAAUACGGUAACUACAGCUCACCUCAUUUCAAGGGAACUGUCUUGUUUUAUAAAGUGACUAAAGAAGAUGUAGCCAAGAACUGGGAACAACCACUUCUGCCCCAAGACUACCAGCACCUGGAUCCUGUUUGCAAAAUGACUCUAACCUUGCCCAAGCAAGAGAAGAUUAUCAAUCGCCCACAAAGCACAAAAAGGAUCUCAAAUGAUGCAUCAGAGGCACUGUGGGACAGCUUACUGUACUGGCUGUCGGGAGAGCUGUCAGAAGAUAAUGCUUCAUCCCUCGUCGUCUUCCUUCCUCUCCACCGAAGCACUCUUCAGUUUAUUAAACUGAAGUGCCCCGAUAAUCUCACCGAGCAGAUCUACGAGGUCCUGUGCUUCUGGAGAAGAAACCUGCCGAGAUCGGCGGACAAGCUCCAGCUCCUGGCUCGCUACCUCUGUAAAAGUGGCAGAAGCGAUCUCGCCGAAGAUCUCCGGUUCAUGUGGGAGAAUAAAGUGUUCCUGAGGAAAACUCGUGGGCAGCAAAGCAAUAUUUGAGGGUGUCGAUAUCAACCUGAUCAAUAUAAUCUUUUUCCCCCUUCUUUCCCCCUUCUGCUACUUCUUAAUGACAGGUUCUUUGCUGUAAUUAGCACUUCUUAUAAUUAUAUGUCUGAAUGCUUUGUCAUUGCUGUGGUAGUUCAUUCCUCUCUAGCUGGUAAUUUUGUGAGGGGGAAGCUGAGGAUAGGGGUGGAAAAGGAGAUGAUAAGACACCUGUGGUGGAAUCCAAACAUUUUAGUAACAGGUUCCCAUGGUGGUGGGAUUCAA